CCCUAUGUCAAAGCCAAUAUUCUAUCGAAAUUAUCCAUCUGGUGGGUUUCCAAAUUAGUCAUCACUGGAUAUAAGAAGCCCAUUGACGCAAGUGAUAUUUGGCCAUUGCCUGAAGAGGAAUUAGUCCAAGCUAAUUAUGAUACAUUUGAUAAAUUAUGGAAUGAAGAAUUAAAAACGCAUGGAAAAGAAAAGGCAUCCAUAGCAAGGGUCUUCAUUAUUGCAUUUCGCAAACGAUUAUUGUUGACUUUUCUUCUUUACUGUUUUGUAACCGCUUUAAGUAUUGGUAGUUCGGUAAGUAAAGACUAUGUGAUAUUGCUUAAUUCAUUAUAUCCUUUACGUCAUAGCUUAAUGUUUGCUAUUUCUCAUUACAAAACUUUCGCCGUGUUUUACGGUUUUACAUGGUACAGUAGUUACAUUACUGGUAUAAGAGCUAGAUCGAUGGCAUUCGGUUUGGUUUUUCACAAAAUUGUACGAUUACGAAGCGCUUCUACAAAAUCAAUGGGAGAAUUAGUGAAUAUGUGUGCCAACGAUGCUCAGCGUGUCUUCCUGUCAAUGUUAUUUUUUGGAAUUAGUAUCUGUGGGUUUGUGUUUUUGUUACAAGAUUUUAGCUGCCCUUAUUGUCUUCUACAAACAUGUGAUACCGGAUACGAAUAUUUUCUUUUACAGAUAUAUUUUGGCAAAUACAUAAAAAAAUUACGUUGUAAAUCGUUACUCUACGGAGAUCAAAGGGUACAACUAAUAAGUGAAAUUAUCCGAUGCAUCAAAUUAAUCAAGAUGUUUACUUGGGAAUCUUCUUUUCAGUCUAGAGUUAAUUUUCUCCGUAGCAAGGAAAGCAGGUGGCUAGAAAAAAUCGGUUACAUUUCACGUUUUACUGGCACAUAUAUCGUGUUGGUACCUGCGGUAGCGAUUUCUUUGACUUUUUUAACUAACUCUCUACUUGGUUUACCGAUGACAUCAGCUAAGGCUUUUACGGUGAUGCUCUUAUUAAAUGGUUUGAGACUGGUUAUAGACAUAUUUCCUUUAUUCGCGAGUCAUUCGGCGGAAACACUUGUAGCUUUCCAGCGCUUUAAAAAAUUACUUCUUAUGAACGAAAUCGAGGCUACCGGUCAAGUGUCAUCUGACAGCGGAUAUGUUAUAUGUAUUAAAGAUGCAGAAUUUAUUUGGGAAAAGGUAAAGAUAGAUUUACUAUUUAAUAGUUAUAAAUUUCAAAUUAAAUAUAUUCGUUCUACUAUUAAUUUAAAUUUUGAUAGGUUAAUGAAGGGUCAGGUAUUAGGUGCCUGUGGUCGAGUUGGCAGUGGCAAAUCUUCCUUGGUAUCAGCAAUACUCGGAGAAAUGAUUUGUCGACGUGGAGAAAUUCGAAGAGGAGAUUCAAUAGCGGUAGUCACUCAACAGCCUUGGAUUUUUAAUGAGACUUUGAGAGAAAAUAUUUUGUUUGGUAGUAAAUAUGAUUCCAAGAGAUAUUACGACGUUUUAUCUGCGUGUUGUUUGACAGCCGAUUUAAAAUGUUUGAUCGCUGGUGACAGAACUCUGAUUGGUGAUAGAGGAAUUAACCUCAGCGGUGGCCAAAAGCAAAGAGUCUCCUUAGCUCGUGCAGUUUAUGCAGAUAAGGAAGUAUACCUCCUUGAUGACCCAUUGAGUGCAGUAGAUACAGAUGUUGGAGAAAAGAUAUUUCAUCGUUGCAUCAAAGGAUUAUUACGUUCAAAAACGGUCUUAUUAGUAACCCAUCAAUUACAGUAUUUAACUGGAUGUGAUUCCGUAUUGCUGUUGGAAAACGGUAUAAUUGCUGCUAGAGGUACACAUGAUGAACUUAUCAAAAAAAGCAAGGGAUAUAGGGAGCUUGUGGAAAAUUUAAAAUCUAAAAAAGACAAAGAAUCUCACGAAACAGUAGGAUUUCGGGAAAGCACUAGUACUUUUUCCAGUAUUAAAAGCGAUGAAUUUGUUGCUUUCGAGAAAACAAGUGACCAGGGUGUUGACAUUAACGUUUAUCUGAAGUUUUUUAAUGCUUGUGGAGGUCUACGUGUACUAUUCCUUUUACUUCUUAUGUACAUAGCUAUUACUGGCUGUCGUGUAUUUUCCGAUUGGUGGCUAGCAAGAUGGAUUAACGAUAGCCUAACGGUAGAUGUUGACAGUAAUAGAACUUUAACGGAUGUAUGGAAUUCAAGUGAACCUAUGCCGCCUAUUCCGGCGAAGUCCUCAAAAUCACAAAUUGAUAUAAUUGUUUACGGUCUUUUGGCACUAAUUAACGUUCUGUUAUUCGUGCUCAAAGCGAUAUCGCUUAAAGGGUCAUCUUCUUUGUGUAUGAGUGCUUUCCAAAAGAUAUUAUCUGCUCCAAUGUCUUUUUUUGAUACAACGCCAUCCGGAAAAAUUAUUAAUAGAUUUUCCAGAGAUCUCGACGAAGUUGAUACGCAACUGGUAUUCUACGCAGAUCGAGCUAUCUCACUGGUCCUAUUAACUGUGGCAACUUUAACGAUAGUAUCAAUAAGUUAUCCAUGGAUUUUAUUGGCAGUAUUUCCCAUGAUCUUCGUAACUGGAGCGUUGGCUUAUAUCUUUAAUAAAACAAAUCGUGAGCUGAAGCGGUUAGACAACGCUAGUAGGGCGCCUGUAAUGACCCACUUAACUGCUACAGUUGAAGGACUGACUACCGUUCAUGCCUUCAAUAAAGUAAAACAACAGGUUGAAAUAUUUCAGAAGUAUUUAGAUAAAAAUUCGUCAAUUUUCCUUACUUACUGGUGUGUCAACCGGUGGGUUGCUAUUCGUGCAGACUGGAUAGCUAUAGCUCUAGUUGCGAUUUGUUGUAUUCUUGUUACUGCCCAGAGAGGCUUAGCGCCAUCUGCGUAUGCAGGGCUUGCCUUAUCCUACGUGCUCCAGCUAAAAGGAUUGAUUCAGUUAUCUGUGAGAUACGUUCUUGAUGUCAAUUCACGCUUUACGGCUGUGGAGAGGCUAAUUGAUUAUACGGAGAACUUGGAAACUGAAGGAUUGUCAACAUAUUCCAAGCCUUUGUGCUUACCAGAUAAGUGGUUAAAGCAUGGUCAUAUAUCAUUUAGUAACGUAAAAGUAAGAUACAGGCCAAAUUUACCGAUUGUGUUAAACAGAGUUACUUUUUCAAUAAAUGCGCAAGAGCGAAUCGGUAUAAUCGGAAGAACAGGAAGUGGAAAAUCUUCACUUAUGGCAUGCUUAUUUCGUUUAACUGAGAUUGAGAGCGGUAAAAUAUGUAUCGAUGGCAUUGAUAUUCGUGAUAUAGGUAUUAAAAAUCUGCGCUCUAGUUUGUCGAUGAUCCCUCAAGAUCCAUUUUUAUUUGCAAAUACUCUCAGGAAAAAUCUAGACCCAUUCGAUGAAUUUGAUGAUGAAGAAAUUUGGUCAGCUUUAGAGAAAGUGGAAUUAAAAGAUAAGAUCAAUAGCAUGACUGAUAAGCUAUAUACAAAUGUGUUCGCUGGUGGAAGUAAUUUUUCACUGGGUGAAAGACAGCUUCUAUGCUUAGCUAGAGUGUUACUGAAGCCGAGCAAAAUACUGAUGCUUGACGAGGCUACCGCAUUUAUGGAUACCAAGACUGAUGCUAUCAUUCAGCAAACAUUGAUAAAGGAAUUUAAGGGCAGUACUGUUCUCGUUGUUGCUCACCGCCUAAAUACCGUUUUAAAUUGCGAUAGGAUUUUAGCUUUGAGUGCAGGAAAGGUUGUGGAAUUUGAUACACCCAGAAAAUUAAUGAAAAGAAGGACUUCUAAAUUUAAGGAAUUAAUAAUAAAAGGUGGUAUCGAUUACGAAUCAUGGGAAGUCUUUGGUAAAACGUUGAUUGGGAAUAACAAACAGACUAUUGUUUAA